AUGGCGGAUGAAUUUCAGAGCUGGUGGGGGUCAUCAAGAAACAGGUUUGAAAGUGGAUCGACGCCGUCCUCUACAGCAAUAAAUAGUAUAGUAAGCUAUGGAUGGCCGACAGAAAUAGUGGAUACCAAAGCAAGGUCAUCCAUGGAUUCCAUUUCAGUGUCUGGUAGCUCAAUCAAUGUUUUCCAAGAUACCCAGAAGCUGCAAGGGCCUACUGAUUCAGCUGGAGUUGGUAUAUUACCAGACCCCAAUUUACAGAUGAUUGGUUUAGGCCUUUCAUCCCAAGGAAUGGAUUGGAACCAAGCUCUAUUGGGUGAAAAAGCUGAAAGCAGUUUUCGAUCGAUGCUCCAAGAAGACUUGAACACAAAUUUUCAGCAAGGAGCUGGGAUGGCGUCUUCUCAAGAAAAGUGGAGAGAGAAAAUUUAUUCUGGGAGUUCUGAGGACUCAUCUUUGAACGAAUUCAAGCCAAUCAACCGGGGUUUAACUUUGGAUCAACCUCAGUAUAGUUCUCAUAUCAGCUCCAAUGAUAGCAGUGCUAUAACAUGCCAGGGCUUAUCAACUAGUUUUCAGAUGGAUUCAGCUAUGUAUGGAAGUCCUACUAUGUUACAAGGGUUAUUGAUAUCUGAUAAUCAGCAACAACAGCCUAAUUUUGAGAGCCGAACGAUGAAUUAUUCGUAUCCAUCUAGCUAUGGCAUGAACACAGGUGAAGUGAUGCCUUCUUGGUCUAAAUUUCCACAGUUUCUUAGAACUUCUCCUCCAAAACAGCCACCUCAAAGCCAGUUACAGUUCUCCAACAACGCUCCGUUUUGGAAUUCUUCCACAGCCCCAAUGAAUGAUGCUCGGCCUAGCUUUUUUCCCUCAUUACAAUCGCAACCCACAACUACCUUUAAUGAGAAACCGCAGAAUACAUCAGAAGUUCGGGAGUUAGGCACAGUAACGAAGAAAAGCAGCUGUGAGCCAUCAAAUAAAAGGCCCCGGAAUGAAACGCCAACACCUUUGCCAGCUUUUAAGGUGAGGAAAGAGAAGAUGGGAGACAGAAUCACUACAUUGCAACAAUUAGUUUCGCCUUUUGGAAAGACGGAUACAGCUUCGGUGCUCUCUGAAGCUAUUGAAUACAUCAAGUUCCUCCAUGAACAAGUCAGUGUGUUGAGCACGCCAUACAUGAAAAUUGGAGCUUCCAUCCAGCACCAACAGAACUCUGAUAAGUGUAAGGGUCCAGAAGGACCCAAGCAAGACCUUAGAAGUCGAGGACUAUGUCUGGUACCGGUUUCAAGCACCUUCCCAGUCACCCAUGAAACGACAGUCGAAUUUUGGACCCCUACAUUUGGUGGAACUUUCAGAUAGGAGGACCAAGAACCCGAACGAUAUUCAGGCAUAGAAUUGAUUCCUUUUCUUUUUUUUUUCUCUUUUCGGAACUAAGAUUACAACUAAAUCUAGUGAAAUUACGACUCAAAAAAACCAAUUCCGUACAAUGCAAGUAGUAUUUCAUCGAACUCUAGGGGAAUGACAAGAUAGAAAAGUACACUGGAGCCGUGUAACUGUUCUUCUCCAGAUGGAUUCAGAAGAAAAAAAUAUGCUGAAUGAUAGAGAGAAAAGGAGAUCACCCUUUAAAGGACAGGGACUGCUGGACCAGCUACAGGCAAAAUGAUGCAGCUUUGGACAAUAUU